AUGCUGCAGCGUGUACUGUGGAGCGCCUUGGGCGCCAUGGCGCUCUUCUAUGCCCUGGUCCGCUUCAGCCUGGGCUAUUGGAAGCGGCGGGGCAUACUGCACGCCAAGCCUAAGUUUCUGUGGGGCAACCUGAAAGAUGUGCUGGCCGGCAAGCGGCAUGUGCAACAGGUGCUGCACUGCAUCUACGAGAGCUACAAGGGACGUGCACCCUUCAUUGGCUGCUAUGCGCUGAUCAAACCGUUUGUCCUGGUGCUGGAUCUGGAGCUGGUGCGUCAUAUACUGGACAGCGAUGCGGGCUACUUCACCAGCCGUGGUCUCUAUCACAAUGUGUCCGGCGAGCCGUUGUCCGGCAAUCUGCUGCAGCUGGACGGGCACAGUUGGCGCUGGCUGCACGCCCAAUCCCGCACGGUCUUCACGGCGAGCAAUCUGCAAAAGCUGCUGCCGCGACUGCUGCAAGUCAGCAAUAGGCUGCAGCGCGGCCUGGGCGAGGCACAUCUCCAGCAACUGAACGUGAGCCAAUUGGUGGAUAGCUACAAUGUGCAGGCCAUUGCCACGCUCGCCUACGGCCUGAAUCCCCACGAGCUGCCGCCGGAGUUUGGCCAGAUGACGCGCAGCUAUUGGAGCAACUGGAGUCUGUGGCGUGCCUAUUUGGCGCUGGAGCUGCCGCUCCUGGCGCGUCUGCUGCGGCACAAAAGCUACGCGCAGCUGGCCACGGACUACUUCUUCAAGCUUGUGCUGGAGCAACUGCAGCAGCAGCGCCGUAGGGAUCGACAGCCGCUGCAGAGCUUUCUGCAAUUGUACUCCGCCACGGAAGAGACCUUGACGGAUGCACAGAUUGCCGCACAGGCAUUUGGUUUCGUGCUGGCUGGGCUGCAGCCGCUGAACGCCAGCCUGGCCUUCUGCCUCUAUGAGCUGGCGCUGCAUCCGGAGCUGCAGCAGCGCGUACGUGCAGAGAUUAGGGCAAUGCUGCAGCGGCAUGAGGGAGCACUGACCGCGGAAGGCCUGCAGCAGCUGACCUACACGAAGCAGGUGCUGAAUGAAACGCUUCGCCUGCACACGCCGUAUCCGUUUUUGCUGCGCCGCGCUACCAGGGAAUUCGAGCUGCCCAAGUCCGUGUUUGUCAUAGCCCGUGGCAACAAUGUGCUUAUACCCAUCGCAGCUAUACAUCGUGAUCCGGCCAUCUAUCCGGAACCCGAACGCUUCGAUCCGGAUCGCUUUGAGGCGGCGGCAGUGCAUGCACGGACGUCUAUAUCAUUUCUGCCCUUUGGCGAGGGAUUGCGCGGCUGCAUGGCCAAGCAGCUAGCCCAGCAGCAGCUCCUGGUCGGCCUGGUCGCUCUGCUGCAGCAGCACAGCUAUGCGCCCUGUGCGGAGACCCAGAUACCCAUCCAAUAUGACAAUCGCAAAUUGUUGCUAAUGCCCAAAACGGAUAUCAAACUGAGCGUGGAGCGGUUGGAUAGCUAA